AAAAAAACAAUUUACUUACGCCUGUGCUAACUCCUUUGAUUUGAGAGUCCAUUAAGUGUCUUUCCAUUAUUAACGCCGAUGAAAAAGAGGGAUAAAACUGCGUUCCUUAGUCACAUACUGUAGGGUCACAUCAGAUCGAGAAUAUUGCGACCUCGUGCGACGUGCAAAGGGUUGUAGGGAAGUCAGAAUCUUACAAUUGAGUGCAAAAUAACCCUUUUCAGGUAUGGCGCUAUCAAAUGUUCUCGAAAUACCUACAUCGGGAUUUAAUUUCGAGAACGUCGCCAGAAAUGUUGCUCUGGAGGGCCUGCUUGAGGGAGGACAUACCAAGACACUUAAGCCUAUGAAGACUGGGACCACCAUAGCUGGACUAGUGUGCAAGGAGGGAGUGGUACUGGGAGCAGACACGCGGGCCACCUCCGGUGAAGUGGUGGCUGAUAAGAUGUGUGCCAAGAUCCACUACAUCUCCCCCAAUAUAUACUGCUGUGGUGCAGGGACUGCAGCGGAUACAGAGAAGACCACCGACCUGCUCUCCUCCAACCUCACCAUCUUUUCUAUGAACAGCGGCAGGAACCCACGUGUCGUGAUGGCAGUAAACAUACUGCAGGACAUGCUAUUCAGGUACCGGGGCCAGAUAGGGGCCAGUCUAAUCCUAGGAGGGGUGGACUGUACCGGUAAUCACCUCUACACAGUGGGGCCCUAUGGGAGCAUAGACAAUGUGCAAUACCUUGCAAUGGGGUCUGGCGACUUGGCUGCUUUGGGGAUUCUGGAGGACAGGUUCAAACCUAAUAUGGAGAUGGAGGAGGCUAAGGAGCUGGUCCGGGAUGCCAUCCACUCUGGAAUCAUGAGUGACCUGGGCUCAGGAAACAACAUAGAUAUCUGUGUCAUCACUAAACAGGGGGUGGACUACAUCAGGCCGUACCAGGAGUCAGAGUACAAAGACAAGAGGCGGAAGAGAUACAAGUAUGGCACAGGUACAACGUCUAUUUUGACAGAGAAAAUAGUCCCUCUGGAGCUGGAGGUGGUGCAGAAGACAGUCCAGCGGAUGGAUACUGCCUGAACCUGACCACUCUGAAACGACAGAGAGGCUGGAGACAGUCACACAGAGGCUAAUCACAAUAUUCAGACAUAAAAUAAAUGAAUACAAGACACCUGAUAAUGACAAGACUUGACUACUAGGUGACACUACAAUGCAAAGCCUUAAAAUCAUUGUGACAUAAAGAUCUUAGUUGAAUGAACUGUAGUCAGCGAUACAUUUUGAACAGGUAAUAGGCCUAGGCUAGUGGGUGAAAUAUUGUAAAGUGAUUGAUUGAAUAAAAAGUCUACAUUCUUUUUCAUGAA